AUGGCUUCCAAUCAUCCCUUACCCAUCUCUGGGAAAUGGGAAACCCCCGAUGCCUACAUGGAGGCUCUCCUCUCUUUCUCCACCACGUCGGUUCUCUUUAUGAAUUUGUGCGGUGGCGUGCAUAUGGUCGACUUUUUGACCCGCGAACCUGAUCUUUAUACAACAAUCUUGCCAAAAGACUGGAGAUCUUUCUUCGAGCAGCACGAUGCUCAAAAUAUUAUUGGCCUACUUCUAAGGGAAAAUAUUGAUCAUCUACGAGGCGUUGACGAGCCUUCUGUAGAGCAAUGCAGCCGUACUUGGAAUGGAGGGGCAUUCCCUCCCCAGAGCCUCCUAGACUACAUUUUCAAUAUUCGCCAACUCGCACUCCAACGAGAAUUGCUCCCUUCCUCUACGGAGAGAAUCGAUUUGCCAAAGCAAGUCGCUAUGCGUAUGAACCGGAAAAAAGUACACGAGGUCGAAUGCUUUUCUCAAUACGUCGCAUCUCUAUCAGAUACUGUUGGUAACCGACGAGGCGAGACAGUCUCUCAUAUUGUGGACUUCGGCUCUGGGCAGAAUUAUCUCGGAAGAACACUUGCAAGCUCGCCUUACUACAAGCAUAUUAUCGCGAUUGAGCGUAAACAUCAAUACAUCAGCGGUGCCAAAACUAUGGAUGUCCGAGCCAAGUUGGCCAAGGACCCCAAAGCUCGAAAGUCGCCAAAGGACAAAGUUUCAUGCGACGAACGCAAUAUUAUUACAGAGGCAACUACCUCUGGAGCAAAUAAUAUCCCCGAAUCUACGAUACAAGAUUCGCAGGUCCCAGAGGAGGUCCCUUUUAUUGAGAUGCUAGGCGACAUGCGGCUUGGACCGGACGAGCUACUCAAAUCUCCCCCCCAAAAUAACCCAAAAAGAAAACCCGUCAAAAGCAGAGAUCCAUAA